CGCCUUUCUUCACAGUCGACCAAUCGGAUCAGUCCUGCUCCGAGGUCACAACCAAUGCUCUGUACAGCAUUUCCCAUAAUUCUCAGCGGGUGGCUCACAAGUGUCCUCAGUGUGCCAAAUGUUUCAUCUACCGUUCUCAGGUGAUCCGUCACCUGCGGACCAAUAAGUCCUGCGGGUCGGCCUUGAUGACUCCUGGCGCCGUGGACCUGCAGAGUGACCCUGCCGUUCCUGAGGAAGAGCCCGGGCCCCCGGAGCCCCGCCUCCCGGAGCCGCGCCCCCCCAGGAUCCACUCCUGUUUCCAGUGCAACGCCAUCUUCAGAACCAAAGCGGAGCUGCUGUCGCACCAGCGCAGCCACCGGGCCCGACCCGUCUACCAGUGCGGCCAGUGUGACAAGGCGUUCCACCACCUGUCCAGUCUGACCAAUCACAGGCAGACGCACCUGGACAAAGGCGGGUUCACCUGCAGCAGGUGCGAUAAGGUGUUCGAGUCGGCCAAGCAGAGGGACGCCCACCGGCUGCAGCACCGGCUGCCGGACCUCACCUGCACGGUGUGCGACCAGACGUUCGGCUCUCAGACGCAGCUGCUGCGACACCUGCAGACCCACUCGGUGGAGGGAGCCGCGCCCUGCUACAACUGCCGCUUCUGUGACCAGACCUUCACAGGGGUGACCCAGCUCCGGAUCCACCAGCGCACACACACCUUCCGCUCGUACCAGUGUGACCAGUGCAGCAAGACGUACGGCUCCCUGACCGGCCUCCACUCCCACCGGGCGAGCCACACCAGCGAGAGCCGCUUCCUGUGUCCGCAGUGCGGCAAGCGCUUCAAGACCCGCGACGGCCUGGAGGGCCACCUGAGGACGCACACCGGGGAGCGGCCCUACCGCUGCCCCUACUGCCCCAAAGACUUCACCGCGCUCGCAGGGCUCAACGUGCACGUGCGGCGCCACACGGGGGAGCGCCCGUACGUGUGCACGGUGUGCGGGAAAGGCUGGCCGUCCGGAGGCGACCUGCAGAAACACAUGAGGACUCACACGGGCGAGCGGCCGUACGUCUGCCAGGACUGCGGGAAGGCCUUCUCCAUCUCCUGUCACCUGACCGAACACCGCAGGAUCCACACCGGAGAGAAGCCCUUCUCGUGUCCAGACUGCGGUAAAUGUCUAAGGAGGAAGUUCGACCUGAAGAAACACAUGUUGUCUCACAGCGACGUUCGUCCGUACGCCUGCGUUUACUGUCCCAAGAGCUACACCCGCAAAACUCACCUGAACCGACACCUGCUGACACACCGGACCGCUGACGGCGAGGAGGCGGAGGGGACGCUGAACCGAGAGUCCGUUUAAUCAGAACAACUGUUGACUGAUUAAUUUCCAAUCACUUUUUACAUUGACUUCUUCCUGCAGAGAAAUAACUCGGCACAUAGUCGCCUUCGCUGUCACAGUGUGGCGACGCAGCGGCUGCGUUAACGGACGGCAGAAACAUCAUUCUGGCUUUCAGCAAAAGUGAUUUUUCUUUAUUUGCAGCCCUGCUAUGUUUCAAACUGUUUUCAUUAUUAGUUAAAGUCGUAUAUCAAACUCUCUGCGGCUGCAGCUUCCCCACAUGAGGGUUUGUUGUAUCUCACGUUCAUUUUUCACUGUUUUCAACCAUUUCACAGACUAAAUCAUGAAACUUUAUCCCCACACAUGGACGGUUUGGGUCUUAGUGUUUGUGUUUGCUUUUCAUACAAACUAACUGUGCCGUGAACGAUCCUUCAGGGAGCAGGUGACGUGAUGACGAGCCGUGUCGCUAACGUGUCCUGCGCGUGGUCACCUGCUGCGCCGGCUGCAGCCUCGUAAAGACAAACACACACUAAACACGUAAACAAACUACCUGCUAUGUUCUUGUCUUGAUGUGUGCUGAUAUAAAAGCUGUUGUGUUUUAUA